CUAUCACUCAAAUAGUCAAUACUCAAUAGGCAAUACUCAAAUUUGUAUCACACUAAUUCUUCCGUCUAUAGGACUUUCCGGCUUCCGCAUUCUGGGGCUCUGCGCUACGUACUUGAACGGAUACAUGCAAUAUUCCUCAGCAGUCAGCAGUACAGCCUGAAUUCUUCAUUACAAUUUCUUUGUUUGAAUGUUAAGACAUUCAGAAUCAACGGCAGACGGACUUUAGUGGAGUUUUUAAUUACUCGGAAUUUGAACUAUAAUUGCUAUGGAUUCUUUUCUAAAAACCGGAAAAAUCAACCAAGAUCAACAAUCAACUAGCAGUGGUCUCAAGAGUAAAGAUGGAUCACGAGGAAUUUCUAGUAGCACCACACCUUGGGUGGAGAAAUAUCGACCUCGUACAGUUGAUGAGGUAUCUGAGCAGUCAGAGAUUGUGGCUGUACUAAAACAAUGUUUAGAACAAGGUGCCGAUAUGCCUCACUUAUUGUUUUAUGGACCACCUGGAACUGGUAAAACUAGUACCAUAAUCGCAGCUGCCCGCCAGCUAUUUGGAGAUAUGUACAAAAACCGAAUGCUUGAACUUAAUGCAUCUGAUGAUCGUGGUAUUCAAGUUAUUCGAGAUAAAGUUAAAACUUUUGCACAGCUUACAGCUUCUGACCGAAGACCAGAUGGUAAACCUUGUCCACCGUUCAAAAUUGUUGUGUUAGAUGAAGCUGACUCAAUGACAGCACCUGCUCAAGCAGCGCUUAGGCGUACUAUUGAACGAGAGACGAAGACUACUAGAUUUUGCCUUAUUUGUAAUUAUGUGAGUUGCAUUAUUGACCCAUUGACGUCCCGUUGCUCCAAAUUCAGAUUCAAACCUUUAUCGCAUGACAUAAUGCUAACUCGUCUUGAGCACAUAUGUAAAGAAGAAGGAGUAAAAUGUGCACCACGGGUGCUGGCACGAUUGGUUGAUGCUUCCGGUGGAGAUAUGCGUAGGGCAAUUACAUCACUCCAAAGCACAGCUAGAUUAAAAGGAGAAGAUGGUAUUGAAGAAGUAGAUGUUCUAGAAGUUGUUGGCACUGUUCCAGACAUCUGGUUAGAUCGUAUGAUAGAUAUGGGUCGCAUGUACGACUAUCAAAAAAUGGAUGGUUUUGUGGAAGAUCUAAUAUUUGAGGCAUAUUCAGCAUCUCAGAUUUUAGAGCAAUUGCAUGAUAAAAUAGUGUUUUCAACAGAUUUAAAAGACAAUCAGAAGGCAAUAGUUUGUAAAUCUAUUAGUAUUUGUGCUUAUAGACUACAAGAAGGUUGUAGUGAAUAUGUCACUCUUUUAAAUCUUCUAUGUUCAGUUGCUAAAGCAUUAAAAGGUUAAAAUCAUAAAGGCGCUUUGUAAUUUUUUUUUCAUAUUUAUUAAAUUCAUAUUUUUACUUUGAACUAUAAAAUAAAAAGUAUAUUCAGGAUA